CCCACUUGGAAAGAAGCUUUCCUUCUUGGACAUCUGCUGUUUGAGCUUCCAGUAGCUAGCUAAAGGAGAGAAGUGUCCACCCAGAGCUCCUGAAAGUUAUUUGGUAGUUUCUAGAGGGAGACUUGAAGGAGAGUGCACUUUAAGUUUUAUUUGAUUCUGUCUGGAUUGGCCAGAUUCAUUCAUGUGGUGAUCUAUAACGCCUAAAAAUGAAGAUGAGGCUGUCAGUGGCCGUGGCUGCCUUCGUAGCAGUGUUACUAGCCUCCGUUGAAGCUCAAGUGGAACCCCCCUCAGACUUGAAAUUUACAAUUAUUAAUGAGAAUACAGUGCAAAUGUCAUGGACAAAACCAUCACAAAGGAUACAGGGCUACAGAAUCCAAGUUACAUCAGAUACAGAUGAAGCAAGCAGAGACUUAAGCCUCCCUGCCUCUGCUACAAUGACAUCUAUCACAGACCUGACCCCUGAUGUGGACUACUCAGUGUCCAUCAGUUCCUUUGUUGACACAGAGGAAAGUAUAUCCAUCUUUGGCCAGCUCACUAUUCAGUCCAGUAACACUAGUGGAUCAGAAAGGAGGCCGCAGACUUCAGAUGCAAUCAAAUGUUCAGUCAGUGCCGUAGCUGACCUGGUCUUCCUGGUGGAUGGCUCCUGGAGUGUUGGCAGGGAAAACUUUAAGCACAUUCGCAGCUUCCUCAGUGCCAUGGCGGGUGCCUUUGACGUCGGAGAGGACAAGACCAGGGUGGCGGUGGUCCAGUACAGCACAGACACGCGCACAGAGUUCGACCUCAACCGCUACACCAAACGAGGAGAGCUGCUCAAAGCAAUCAACUCCUUGCCUUACAAGGGGGGAAACACGAUGACCGGGGACGCCAUUGACUACCUGCUGCAAAACAUAUUUACGGAGUCAGCCGGCGCCAGGAAAGGCUUUCCAAAGAUAGCCAUGAUCAUCACAGAUGGAAAAUCCCAGGACCCAGUGGAGGAGUAUGCUAAACGACUCCGGAACAUCGGAGUGGAAAUAUUUGCCUUAGGAAUCAAAGGAGCAGAUGAAGAUGAACUGAAAGAAAUGGCCUCGACCCCCUACAGUACGCAUGUCUACAAUGUCCCUAACUUUGACGUGAUCAAGGCGGUGCAGGAUCAGCUCAUCUCUCAGGUGUGCUCGGGCGUGGAAGACCAGCUCAACUCUCUUGUGAGCGGAGAUGACGUGGUGGAGCCGGCCACCAACCUCCAGGUGCGUGAGAUCUCCUCUAAGUCCAUGAGGGUGACGUGGGACCCUUCUCCGGGGGAGAUCACAGGCUACAAGCUGACCCUGAUGCCCAUGAUGGCUGGUAUGAAGCGCCAGGUGUUGUAUGUGGGCCCCACCCAGACUUCUGUCAAUGUCCGGGACCUGUCCCCAGAGACUGAGUAUGAGAUCAGCCUGUUUGCCCUAAAGGGUUUGACGCCCAGCGAUGCUGUGCUGGCCAUGGAGAGAACUCAACCCAUCAAAGUGACUCUGGAGUGCUCUCUUGGAGUGGAUGUACAGGCUGACGUGGUGCUGCUGGUUGAUGGCUCAUACAGUAUCGGAUUACAAAACUUUGCCAAGGUCAGAGCUUUUCUCGAGGUCCUGGUCAACUCAUUCGAUGUGGGGCUUGACAAGGUCCGGCUCAGCUUGGUCCAGUAUAGCAGGGACCCGCACACCGAAUUCGCCCUGAACACCUACAACGACAUUGCUUCAGUAGUCAAGGCUGUCCAGUCAUUCCCUUACCGCGGAGGCUCCACCAACACUGGCAAGGCCAUGAACUACGUCAGGGAGAAGAUCUUUGUUCCCAUCCGAGGGUCUCGCCUGGGCGUGCCGCGUGUCAUGGUUCUCAUCACGGACGGGAAGUCCUCUGACUCCUUCAAGGACGCAGCCACCAACCUGAGGAAUAUAGACGUGGAGAUCUUUGCCGUAGGGGUGAAGGACGCCGUGAGGUCUGAACUGGAGGCCAUUGCUAAUGACCCAUCCAGCACCCAUGUCUACACUGUGGAGGACUUUGAUGCUUUUGAGAGGAUCUCCAAAGAGCUCACCCAGUCCAUCUGCCUCAGAAUUGAACAGGAGCUCCUUAACAUCAAGAAGAAGAGUCUGAUUACACCCAGAGACCUGGUAUUCUCUGAGGUGACGUCCAGAAGCUUCCGUGCCACCUGGGCCACUGAUGCCACAAACGUCAUGUCCUACCUGGUCCGUUUCCGUAAGGCCGAGGACAUCAACGGGGACUACAUCUCUAUGGCUGUGUCAGGCGAUACCACAACCGCCAUCUUACCUCACCUCACCCCUCUCACCACCUACGAGGUCAACGUUUUCGCCCAGUACGAGAACGGAGACAGUUUCCCUCUGUCAGGGGAGGAAACCACACUGGAAGAACAAGGGACGGUGAGGGACCUGAGUGUGUCUGAGGAGACCACAGAUAGUUUCCGGGUGUCUUGGCAGGCUGCGCCUGGGCCCGUGGUGAGGUACCGGCUGUCCUACCUACCCGUGACGGGAGGAGAAGAGACAUUGGAGGCCCAGACCAGUGGACCUGAAACCACCAUUGUGCUCCGUGGGCUGUACCCGAUCACCACAUACCGUGUGUCUGUGUCUGCGGAAUACUCCUCGGGUCUGGGAGAUGACAUGAAGGUGGAUGGAACCACCAAGGAAGUCCGUGGUUCUCCCCGCAAUCUCCGCGUCUUCAAUGAGACCAUCUCCAGCAUGAAGGUGUCAUGGCAGGCCGCUCCUGGGAAUGUCCUCCAGUAUCGUGUCGCCUUCAAACCAGCCGACGGCACCGGGGAGAGGAAGGAGAUAUCCGUGAAAGGAGACACCACCGUGGCACUGUUGAAGAACCUCCAGUCAAAUACUGAAUAUGAGAUGUUUGUCACCGCCCGCUACACCUCUGGGCUUGGAGACCCUCUCCUGGGCACUGGCACCACAUUGGAAGUGCUUGGCUCCCCUAGAGACCUGGUGACCAAAGAUGUCACCGACACCAGCUUUGGUGUGUCAUGGGCGGCAGCACCGGGUAACGUGCGCUCCUACCGUUUGAAGUGGAAGUCACUUUACACUGAGGAGACGGGGGAGAAGUCGGUAGCUGGGGAUGUGACAGCCACCGUGCUGGACGGGCUCACUCCGGAGACACGCUACCAGGUCUCUGUCUACGCAGCGUAUGGCAGGGGAGAGGGGGAGCCGCUCGUGGGUGCUGAGACCACAGAUGUGUCUGCAGCCGGAAAGGUUCUGGUGGUUUCCGAGGAGACGGAGAAGAGCAUGAAGGUGGCAUGGCAGCCCGCGCCCGGCAAUGUAGUCAACUACCGGGUGACAUACAAGCCGGUGUUAGGAGGGCGACAGCUGGCUGCAAAGGUGCCCGGCGGGACCACCAACACCAUCUUGAGGCGCCUAACGCCCAUGACCACCUAUGACAUCACAGUGCUGCCCGUGUACAAGCAGGGAGAAGGAAAAGCAAGGCAAGGAGUGGGAACCACACUGUCACCUUACAAAGCCCCUAGAAACCUACAGACAUCUGAGCCCAGUAGGAAUAGUUUCAGAGUGACCUGGGAUCCCGCUCCAGGAGAAGUCAAGGGUUACAAAGUCACUUUCCACCCCAUUGGUGAUGACAUAGACCUGGGAGAACUUCUGGUCGGACCCUAUGACAACACUGUGGUUCUGGAGGAGCUCAGGGCAGGUACCAAAUACACAGUGAGUGUGUUUGGGAUGUUCGAGGGAGGAGAGAGCCAGCCAUUGGCUGGAGAGGAGAAGACCACCCUCUCUGAUGCUCCUGAACCACCACCAUAUGAAGGAGAUGUUGUCUGUAAGACCAAAUCCCAGGCUGACAUAGUCCUGCUGGUCGAUGGCUCUUGGAGUAUUGGCCGUCUGAACUUCAAGACCAUCCGUUCCUUCAUCGCUCGCAUGGUGGGAGUCUUCGACAUUGGCCCUGAGAGGGUCCAGAUCGGUCUGGCCCAGUACAGUGGUGACCCUAAGACUGAGUGGCACCUGAUUGAACACAAAACCAGGGAUGCCCUGCUGAAGGCUGUGGAAAGUCUACCCUACAAAGGAGGCAACACCCUUACUGGUCUGGCUCUGAACUAUAUCCUCCAGAAUAAUUUUAAGGAGAAUGUUGGGAUGAGACCCAAAGCUCGUAAGAUCGGUGUUCUGAUCACUGAUGGCAAGUCUCAGGAUGACAUCAUUGCCAACUCACAGAACCUGCGUGACCAGAACAUUGAGUUGUAUGCCAUUGGUGUGAAGAACGCUGAUGAGAAUGAGCUGAGGUCCAUUGCCACAGACCCUGAUGAGACCCACAUGUACAACGUGGCCGACUUCUCUUUCCUGCUGGACAUAGUGGACGAACUGACCGACAACCUCUGUAACAGUGUCAAGGGGUCAGGUGGUGGCCCUGAGGCUCCUACUGACCUGGUGACCUCUGAGGUAACCCACUACUCCUUCAGAGCCAGCUGGACAGGCCCCGAAGGCCCUGUGGAUAAGUACCGUGUGGAGUACAUGACCCUGUCUGGUCGCCCUCAGCAGAUUUUCGUUGACGGCUCCGUGACCACGGCCGUCCUACCCGACCUGAACCCUCUGACUGAGUACUCCGUCAACGUCUACUCUGUUGUCGGAGAGGAGAGCAGCGAGCCACUGAAAGGCACCGAAACCACCCUGCCCCUCAGUGCAGUAAGGAAGAUGGUGAUCUACGAUGAGCACCCCACCACCAUGAGGGUGAAAUGGGAGGAGGUGGUUGGAGCCACAGGCUACAUGCUGCUCUACAGACCUAUCAACUCCACCGAGCCGGUUGUGGAGAAAGAGAUGAGAGUUAGGGGGGAAACAACAGAUGUCCAGCUGGCGCAACUGACCCCUAACACAGCCUACGCUGUCACCAUCAUGUCCUUGCAUGGAGAGACUGCCAGCGACCCCCUGACCGAGCAGGGAGUCACGUUGCCUUUGCCCCCGGCGGGAAAGCUGAGGGUCAGAGAUGUCACCCACAGCACCCUGAAGCUGAACUGGGAUGCUGCUCCAGGUGCCGUUCGCAAGUACAUCAUCACCUACAAGCCGGACGAGGGAGAAGCCAAAGAGCUGGAAGUGAGAGGAGGUGUGACCUCCAGGGACCUGGACAACCUGAUCUCUCAGACUGAGUAUGAUCUGGCUGUCACCCCCAUGUACGACGAAGGACCUGGAAACCCCAUGCUCAACACAGCCAUCACAGAUGUUGUUCCUGCUCCUAAGAACCUGCGUUUCUCCGAGGUGGCUCAGACCAGCUUCAGGGCCCAUUGGGAACAUGGGGCACCUGAUGUUGCCCUCUACCGUAUCGGCUGGACCAGGAAGGGAGACAGCAACUUCCAAUAUGCCAUCCUGAGCAGUGAUGAGACCAAUCACCUUUUGGAGAAUCUGGACCCGGACACGGUUUACGACGUGUCCGUCACCGCCAUCUACCCAGACGAGUCGGAGAGCGAGGACCUGCUGGGCAACGAGAAAACCCUGGCCAAGGUCAUCAUCACACCCGCCCCCACCGGCCCCCCGCAGAACCUGCAGGUGUUCAACGCCACCACCACCUCUCUGACCGUCAAGUGGGACCACGCUCCCGGACGUGUCCAGAACUACCGGAUCACAUACGUCCCCACUGCCGGUGGUAAGAGCCAGUCGGUACAGAUUGGAGGGAAGAAGAACACAGUGCUUCUGCCAAAGCUGACCCCCGACACUCCCUACUCCAUCACUGUGGCAGCCUUAUAUGCAAGUGGGGAGAGCAAGGAUAUCUCUGGAAAUGGAAGGACCAAGCCGCUGGGCGGAGUGAGGAACCUCCAGGUCACUGACCCCACCACCAGCACGCUGAACGUCCAAUGGGAGCCUGCCGAGGGCAGUGUGCGCCAGUACAAGAUCUACUAUGUUCCCGCCAUUGGCGGAGCUACGGCUGUGGACCAGGUUUCUGGGAGCACCACCCGAACUGUCCUGAGGAACCUGAUGUCCGACACCCUCUACACUGUCACUGUGGUCCCUGUCUACCCUGCCGGAGAGGGCAAACGCAUGUCUGAGGAUGGCAAGACAUUGGUGCGUACCGCCGCGAGGAACAUCCAGGUCUUUAACCCCACCACCAACACCCUGAAUGUGCGCUGGGAACCUGCCACCGGGGAGGUUCUCCAGUACAGGGUCAUGUACGCCCCCCUGACUGGCACCAAGCCCUCUGAGUCGGUCGUGGUUCCGGGAACGACCACCACCACUAUGCUGGAGCAGCUGGUCCCUGACACGCCCUACAACGUGGGAGUGGUGGCCAUUUACGCCGACGGAGACGGACCCCAGGCCGAAGACACAGGAAAGACACUUCCCCGCAGUGGCCCUAGAGACAUGCGGGUGUAUGACCCCACGACCAGCUCUCUGACUGUGGCGUGGGAACAUGCCGAAGGUCCAGUGCAACAGUAUAAAAUCACCUAUGCACCCACCACUGGAGACCCCAUAGAGGAGCAUACUAUGGUUCCCGGGAACAGAAACACAGUGAUCCUGCCAAACCUGGACCCAGACACUCCUUAUAUCAUCAAUGUUCAGGCCAUCUACGCUGAUGGACCAGGGGGAGAUCUGAAUGGAAACGGUCGCACGGUCGACAUGCUGGGUCCCCAGAACCUUAGGGUGUCAGAUGAGUGGUACACCCGCUUCAGAGUGUCCUGGGACCCCGCGCCCUCCAGAGUGGUGGGCUACAAACUGGUAUAUAAGCCUGAAGGUACUGAUCAGACCAUGGAGACGUUUGUUGGAGACGUUACCAGCCAUCAUCUACACAACCUGGAGCCUGGAACCACCUACGACGUCAAUGUGAUUGCCCAGUACGACACUGGCCUUAGUGGACCUCUAAUUGGGCAAGGAACCACCCUGUACCUGAACGUCACGGACCUGACCACCUACAACGUCGGUUAUGACACCUUCUGCAUGAGAUGGAGCCCCCACAGGGCUGCUACGUCCUACAGACUCAAACUGAAUCCCUUGGACCCCUCUAACAAGGGAGCCCAGGAGACCACCGUUACUGGGUCUGAGAGCCAGUACUGCUGGAGCGGCCUGACUCCCGACGCCCUUUACAACGCCACCGUGUACACACAGACCCCCAACCUGGAGGGGCCAGGAGUUAGUGUCAAGGAGAGGACGCUUAUCAAGCCCACAGAGGCCCCAACUGAACCCCCCACGCCGCCUCCGCCUCCCACCAUCCCCGGCGCUGUUGAUGUGUGUCGAGGGGCCAAGGCUGACCUGGUGUUCCUGAUUGACGGCUCCUGGAGUAUUGGAGACGAAAGCUUCAAUAAAGUGAUACAGUUUGUGUUCAGCAUGAUCGGCGCCUUCGAUGUCAUCCACCCCAACGGCAUGCAGGUGUCUUUUGUGCAAUUCAGUGACAGUGCCAAGACGGAGUUCAAACUGAACACUUACCAUGACAAGGGAAAGGCCUUGGCGGCACUUCAGCUGGUUCGCUACAUGGGAGGAAACACCAAAACAGGUGCUGCCCUGAAGCACGUCGGUGAGAAGGUGUUCACUUCGGACAGCGGCAUGCGGAAGUACGUGCCCAAGGUUCUGGUGGUCGUCACUGACGGGCGCUCCCAAGACGAGAUGAAGAAGAGCGCGUCCACCCUGAUACACUCUGGGUACAGUGUGUUUGUGAUCGGUGUGGCUGACGUGGACAUGGCCGAGUUGAGAAACAUUGGCAGCAAGCCAAGUGAAAGACACGUCUUUGUUCUGGAUGAUUUUGACGCGUUCACCAAGAUCCAGGACAACCUCAUCACAUUCAUCUGUGAAACGGCCACAUCCACUUGUCCUUUGAUCUACAUCAAUGGGUUCACUUCACCGGGCUUCCGAAUGCUUGAGGGCUUUAACAUCACCGACAGGACAUUUGCUGCCAUGAAUGGUGUGUCCAUGGAACCGGGCUCCUUCAACAGCUUCAUCGCCUACAGGAUUCACAAGGACGCCUUCCUCUCUGUGCCCACAAAGGAGUUGCACCCAGAGGGUCUUCCUCCAUCCUACACCAUCAUCCUGCUCUUCCGUCUCCUACCGGACACCCCCAACGAGGCCUUUGAUAUCUGGCAGAUUGCCGAUGGCAACAACAACCCUGAAGUCGGGCUCACCGUCAACCCUUCCAGCAAAACGAUCUCAUUCUACAACAAGGACACCAGAGGGGAGAUCCAGAAAGCCACGUUCAAGGAGGAUCAAGUUAAGAGAGUUUUCCACGGGAGCUUCCACAAGCUUCACAUUACAGUUUCGCCUGAGAGGGUCAAACUGAAUGUGGACUGCCAGGAAGUGGCAGAGAAACCCAUAAAAGAGGCCAAAAACAUCUCCAAGGAUGGCUACGAGGUGCUCGGCAAGAUGGCCAAAUCAGGAGGAUCAAAGAGAGAAUCAGCUACAUUCCAGCUGCAGAUGUUUGACAUUGUGUGCAGCUUAAGCUGGACCAACAGAGACAAAUGUUGUGACCUCCCAGCCACGAGAGAUGAGCUCAAGUGCCCGGCUCUCCCCCAUGCUUGCACAUGUGCACAGGACAGUGUUGGCCCUCCAGGGCCUCCCGGCCCCUUGGGUGGACCAGGCACUAAAGGACCGAGAGGAGAGAGGGGAGACGCUGGCCCACCUGGAUCCAUGGGCCCCCGUGGAGAUCAAGGACUCCCAGGACCAUCUGGGCCUCCGGGUCCACAAGGCCCUAAUGGCUUGUCUCUGCCUGGAGAACCUGGCCGCCCCGGACCAAAGGGAGAUCCCGGAGACCCGGGCUUGCUUGGGCGGCAAGGCCCCCCCGGUGCUGCUGGACCUAUGGGUCCUGUUGGACCAGCUGGAGCAAGGGGACCACCAGGGAAAGAGGGUCCAUCAGGACCCAGAGGACCAACAGGACCAAUGGGAAGUCCAGGAUCUCCAGGAUCACCAGGAAACCCAGGAAGCCAAGGAAAACAAGGAGACACAGGGAACCCAGGAUUGGCUGGAAUUAAAGGAGAAAAGGGAGAGAGGGGAGACUUUGCAUCUCAGAAUCUGAUGCGGUCCAUUGCCAGACAAGUUUGCGAGCAGCUUGUGAACAGUCAAAUGAGCAGAAUUGAUAAUAUGAUCAACCAGAUCCCAACUGGUUACCAUAACAACAACCCGGGCCCUACUGGGCCCCCUGGUCCCCCCGGUAACACGGGUCCUCCUGGAGAACCUGGGCAGACUGGAAGAAAUGGUUUCCCUGGAAACCCUGGCUCACCUGGAAACCAAGGAGAAAGAGGAAUACCAGGAGAGAAAGGUGAGAGAGGAUCUCCAGGAGUAGGUCAGAGAGGACCAAGAGGACUCAGUGGUCCACCUGGGCCACCAGGCGAGGCUCGGACUGGUGCCACAGGCCCUACAGGCUCUGCUGGGCCCCGUGGUCCUCCAGGUCGCCAGGGGACCCCUGGGGUGAGGGGGCCUCCUGGGCCCCCUGGCUACUGUGACUCCUCGCAGUGCGUUGGCAUUCCUUACAACGGACAAGGUUAUCCAGGUCGGUCCUAGUAAACUUUCUAAGCCGCCUGUGCUGCUUACCGUCCUGUUUCUGAGAUGUUAGCUCACUGGCUAAUGAGCCGUUAAGGAUAACCACCAAGGACUUAACUAAUGAACGACGAUAAAUCCCCAAAACGAGACAAAAAGGAGUGGACUGGCACUAACACCACUACACAGCUACUAUCAGACAAGCUGCAGAGAUGGCAACCCUACUGGCCUGUUUGCAUCUUGAACCAAAACCCAGCAAACAGAGAGAGGGCUUCUCUACGUGGGAAAGCAUGUAAAGAAAUUAAAAAAUAAACCAAAAACUACUAACAAAGUGGAGUACCUAACAAUAGAACGUCAGUGUUAACAUGUCUAAGUAGAGGUGAUGUCUGUAAAUAAACUAAUUGUGCCUUGUAAAUGAUGUUUAAACCACACAAUCCACUAAAAUCAGUUAACAUCUGUAUCUAGCUUGUGCCUUAUAACCCGCUUCGUACUGACAUACUGCCAGCAUAACCUGUGUUUUAUGAGGUCCUAGCUAAUGGAUUUACACAGCUAAUGCUCCGGUCCCAACUGAAGCAUGUGCCAUUUGUACAUUUAAUCAUCACAUUCUUUGUUUGUUUGCGCAAUAUGCGUUAAAUGUCCUUUCCCUUUCAUUUCUAUUUGUUAGGAUAAAGAGUGUUAAUUUGCUGUCGUACAUUUGUUUUCUAAUUCCUCAGUGGAGUUUAGGACUAGCAAAAGUAUAUAAGCUGGUGACAGUGUUCUUAGACUUUUUUUUUACUAAUCCUAUCCCAGAUAUAUUACUUGUAUUGAUAUGUAUGUUUAAUUGAAGAAUGUGCUGAAUUUGGCUUACACAUAUAACAUUAAGUGCAAGAGUGUAUGAAAUUACUUUAAAAAAUUCUUAGAAACAGAGUGUUGAAGAGAUAUAGAUAGAGCUGUUACUUUUCUUAAAGUAAAUACCUCGGUUAUUACUCAUGUUUAGGGCGCUUUAACACAUUUCUUAGACUGUCAACUAAUGUACUGUAUGACUGGCCAAACUAAUAUUUCUAGCCACCGGCUACGAGCCCAACCCUGAAACCUACGUAGUCGCUAUAGCCGAAGAAGAAACAGAAGAUGAAUCUGAAGCAAUACAAUCGCCAGG